CUGUAUUCCAGUCCUAUUGUGUCGUUUCUGUACUGUUACAACAGUACGUUUGGCAACGCUGCACCAGCGUGUUCUCUAUGCAAUGGGAAUGAUGCGCUGCAAUCACUGGGAGGAUAUCAUGCAAACUUCAUCCAGCCUGGAAGUCUGCAUUGGUAUGACAGCGUUGUCAACUUGCAAGUGAACAUCAUCGACAUCAUCACCAGCCCCGAAAUCCUCAACUACUGGGCCCUUCCGGUAACGCAGCACCUGAUUGGCAAUGAAUCGCAACCACUUAACAAGACUGCAUCGGGGGCUGUCUUUGACUAUGCGAGUUUCGGCCGCGGUGCACCCGUAUCAGUGAACAGUUACGCUCGCCUGAUUGAGCUUACUGGUGCAACGCCGAUUACGCUCGAUGCAUCUGUGGCUCCUAAUAACGGAGCCCAGUCGUUUUAUUCCGUGCCGUGUUCCAAGGUGUCUAAGCUGCCAUCCCUAAAGUAUCAGUUUGGUGCAGGGACUCCCGAGUGGGAAAUCUUGCCGCAGAAUUAUGUUGAGAAGAUUGCCAUUUCGAGUACACAGACUGCUUGUGUGUUGAACGUACGAACUUUAGGGGAUGGGGAUUGGAUCAUUGGGAAUCUUGGGGAGACUUUUGCUAAGGAUAAAGUUAUUUUGUUUGACUUUGAUAAGCUCAAGAUUGGAAUUGCUGAUGCGGUCCGCAAAUGA